AUGCAGCCAACUCAGCCUGAGCUCAUAUCCCAGCUUGAAGAGGAAGAAGAGGUGUUUCUUGGGAUCUCUGAUGAAGAGAAGGAAGUGGCAGGACCCGAUUUCCCUCCAGGACUCUGGAAAUGGUGUUCAGACAUCUGGCCUUUGAAUUCUUGCAUGGUGUACAGUGGAAGCCUUAUUUCCCAUCAAAUGUCCACAGGGCAGAAGCCAUAUAAAUGCCUGGAGUGUGGAUGGGGUGCCACUUCCCAUCAAAGAAUUCAUACAGGGCAGAAACCAUAUCAAUGCCAGGAAUGUGGAAAAGCCUUCAAUCAGCGAGCACAUCUUAUUUCCCAUCAAAGAAUUCACACAGGGGAGAAACCAUACAAAUGCCUUGAGUGUGGAAAAGGUUUCAGUAAGAGUGGACACCUCAUUUCCCACCGAAGAAUACACACAGGAGAGAAACCAUACAAAUGCCUUGAGUGUGGAAAAGCCUUCAGUCAGAGUGGAAAGCUUACUUCCCAUCAAAGAAUUCAUACAGGGGAGAAACCAUACAAAUGCCAGGAGUGUGGAAAAGCCUUCAGUCAGAGAGUACAUCUUACUUCACAUCAGAGAAGUCACACAGGGGAGAAACCAUACAAAUGCCUCAAGUGUGGAAAGGCCUUCAGUGACAGGAAAAGUCUUACUUCACAUGAUAGAAUUCACACAGGGGAGAAAUCAUAUAAAUGCCAGGUGUGUGGAGAAGUGUUCAGUCAGAGAGUACAUCUUACUUCCCAUCAAAGAAUUCACACAGGGGAGAAACUAUACAAAUGCCUGAAGUGUGGAAAAACCUUCAGUCGCAGUGAGAAUCUUACUUCCCAUCAAAGAAUUCAUACAGGAGAGAAACCAUACAAAUGCCUGGAGUGUGGAAAAGCCUUCAGUCGCAGUGAGAAUCUUACUUCCCAUCAAAGAAUUCAUACAGGAGAGAAACCUUACAAAUGCCUGGAGUGUGGAAAAGUCUUCAGUCGCAGGGAGAAACCGUACAAGUGCCUCGAGUGUGGAAAAGCCUUCAGUCACAGUGGAAAUCUUACUUCUCAUCAAAUCAUUCAUCCCAGCCACAAACUAUAG